AUGAUGCGCUUGCUAGCGUUAGCUCUGUGCGUGCAGAGCCUAGUGCAGAUUCUGCCGAUGGCUAUGGCGAAACCUGACUUUGGCAUCGGCCUGUCGAUCACAAGCAGCGGAAAGGUGUCGACUGCUGCCGAUAAUGCACAAACCGUGCUGGAAGCGGUGGACGACAAUACGCCGUUUACCGCAGAGGCCAACUACAAGGCAUUGCAACCGUUGGCGAACGUUAUGGAUAAGGUCGCAUCAGUGACAGUGAGCCUGGGCAGCGAGCUGGUGCCACUCGUUACGAGCCUGGUGUCCGAUGUGUCCGGCGAUGUGGCUGCAGUGUUCACAACCGUGUUUACGAAGAUCACUGACGUUAAGAAUGCGAUCGGCACACAGCUUCCCACAGAUAUUGCCGAGAUAAAAAAUAUCUUCAAAACUCACUUCAAAAGCGAAGGUCUAGACUACAUACCCAAGCAGCUAACCGAUGGCUUCAACCGGAUCGUGGAAGGAUUGACCGAUCUCUCGACGAAGCUGCAGGCGCUCAAGAAGGCCAUCGACGAUGCCGCUACGGCGGCUGGUGGCGUAACGUCACUGACCGAUUCGCUAGUGAAGAAAUACGUCAAACCGGCGUUCGUGUACAAUGUCGUGUUUUCCAUCAACCAGCUGAAGGCCUACCUGCCGUUAGUGAAGUUCACGAUCGACAGUACGCUCGAGAACCUUAAUCUAGCCGACGAUUACCUGUUGCUGGUGUUCCAAGCUUUGCAGCAGUCGGGCGAUACUACCACAACGGCGAUUAAUUCCGUCAAAACCGUUACGGAUGCGAUAUCGAGCCAGGUUAAGUCUGACCUCGAUAUGUACUACGGUGAUUUUAACAUUAUGAAGGGCGAAAUUCAGGACCUCACUCAAAUUACCAGCUCACCAGAUAUUAGCAAGGUAAGCGAUGCGGUGGGCAGCUUUAGUACGUCAUUUGGCACUCUCUCCACUACCCGCUAUCCAGCGAUGGAUACGCAGCUGACCAAGCUCAUCGACACGAUUUCAAAAGCCCUUGCCGUGAAUUCCAACCCAGGCCAGAUAUCGUCCGAUCUGCUCGACAGUCUCAUUCUAACUGUGAUUGAGAAUGGCAAAUACGCACAGUUCUGUUUUAACAAAUAUUUCGGACUGGUGUUUGGGUUUAUCACCUCACUCGCGGACAGCGCAGGACUGUGUUUCGACAAAGAGAUUCCACGCCUGAAAGUACUGCAAGACACCUUAUCGACUGCUAAGGAGCAGCUGUGGACGGAUUUCUCGUCUAUAUCCGCGGAAUUUACAUUGUGCGAUAUGUUGACCACCCAAUCGAAGCUGAACGCAUGUGUUCUAGCGGUUUCCGGCUUCUACAACAAUAUUGCCACUCAGUUCGGGUUAAAGAUUCAGUUUUUGUUUGAUUUGCUUGAAUCGGAAACGGUGGCAAGCGCUAAUCGGUUCCUGAUUUGUAUCGAGCUGGUGAAGAUGAAUCUGGUGGAGAUGACCGAAUCGACCCUAACCAACGAAAUCCGAAGCUGUGCCAUGGAUGGUCCAACGGCGGAUGACUAA